CGAUGCCCAAUCAACAAGUCGGAAAUUACUUAACAUAAUAUCAUUUAAUUUACUUAUUUAUAAAUCGUUGUCUUAUGGCAAGGAGACGUAUAGCUGUUCAGGAACUUGUGGGUUACUUAUUCUUCUUCUAGUUAAAAAAUGAAACGCUCAUUCAGCGAGAUUAAUGAUUCCACGGAGGGGGAUUUUUUCAAGGGAGGCGAGAACGAGUGAGUAGUGUUUUUAAAGGUCUCCAGUCACUUUGAUGCUCCUUAAACGUUGAUUAAUGAGCUCUUAUCUUUUAUCGUUUCAAGUUCCGACGGUGUGGAGAAUGAGCUCGAGAAUCCUGAAACAAGGGCGAGGAAGAGAAGGCGAGGAGUAAGUCAAAACGAAAAUAUCCUUUUUUAUGGGUGGUAAAUUCCCAACGUUUUAACAAAAUGGUUUCGUUUUCAGCAAAUUGAAAAGAAGAGAAGAGAUAGAAUAAACAGUUCUCUUGCGGAGUUACGGCAGUUGGUUCCGGCCGCGUUUAAGAAGCAGGUGGGUUAUCAGCUAAAAUUGAUCAGCUUCAAUUUCAACAACUUCUCUGACACGCGCAAAAUCAUUGAUACGGCACGUCCAAACUUUCUGGAGAAAAAAGAGACACAAAAAAGACUUUACUACACCAUUGCCAGAUGAUGUUAAUUAAAAUGUAACAGAAGCUACUAGAAUCCGGGAAAACACUCAGGAAAUUUGUAGGAAUUUUCCGCCUAAAGCGCAAUAUCAUUAUCUCUUUAGCGGCUUCAGUCAUGAACGAUCGGUACUUAGUUAAAAAAUUAUCUUUUCGCAGGGAUCUACUAAAUUAGAAAAGGCGGAGAUAUUGCAGCUGACCGUGGAGCACCUCAGAGACUUGAAAUACGGAGCUGAACACACCAGAGGUGAGAGAAGAGACAUUCGGUUGACGGUGAAAUUUUUAAGUCGUGUUUUGAUAAUAUUGCUAGAGGCUACAUAUAUCAGCUUUUGUGGUUUUUAUUCAUUUUCCGGCAGCGCGCAAGCUAAGAUGAAAACUUAAUGGGCGGAGUGGACAGUUGAGUUGUAAAGCUUUGCGUAAAGCGCACAGAUAAACAAUAACUACUCCUAAAACUGCGCUUUCCGAGAUACCAAUAUCCAAGGAUUUUCAUGGUUUCGCGUUUAACUUUGCGAGACUGUGCUAAAACGAUGGUGUUCUUCUGAUCAUGAUAUCGCAAAGGGAUAAUGCCAGCAUCUGGGUUUAUAAGCACGAGAAGAGUCAUUCAUGAUUAUUCAUUUCACAUUUUGCCCUUAGGUCUCGCUAUGACACGCGCCGUCGAAGAACGCAUUACAGGGCAUCAGGAAUGCAUACCCGACAGCCAUCUGAGCUUAUCAGCGCCGGUGGAGACCGCGGAAACCGCACACGUCUCACCAACGUCCUCUACAAGGCGGCAAAUCGUUAACAAGAUUAACUGCCUCGCCGCCCUACCGGGCGGUCACAAUGGAAUAAACCCGCCUAAGACGGGGCUAACACUGUCCACAAUGGAAACGGACAAACAGUUAUGUUCAUCAACUCAGACUUUCACUACAUUGCCAUUAAAUGCAGGCCGAAGCGAAGUGUGCGAGAUGUCUCAGGCACGGAAGAUACGGGAUUGGGGGCUGACUGUGGCCUUUAAUUACCCCUCCGUUCUCCCUCUUCAAAGACCGGGGCUUGGAAAUGUUCUGCAGACCCCUUUAAUUCAAGCGGGGCCCCUAAUCGACUGGUCAAUGUCGCUAAUAACCAAAACUAACUACUCUGUCCCUUUUCCUUCUUCCUGGUCUCCUUAAAAGAAUCUAGAGUCACAAGUAAGACUUUGCGUUCAGAAAAUGAGCUGAAAUAUUCAUGACAUGUGAGUCCCAUAUUAAAAAUAUGUGGAAGCUAGUUCAUCACCUUAAAGUAGACAGAAAACAAGUUCUUUAUCAUGGUGUAUGCUUAAGAACAGGACAAACUAAAGUUAUACUGUACAUAUUACCGGGGAUUACAGGUUUUUAGAAAACUAAUGAGUAUG